GGAAAAGUACGCUCAUUGUUCGGAUGUUUUGCCAACUAUAACUUAUAAAUAUGGAAAAAUACAGUCCAGAUACGGCGGGAUAUGGAUAUAUCAGGAGUGUCCUGAUGGAACAGACGGGUCCCGGAUGCGUUUUGUUGUGUUUUUAAUGAAAUGCCACGUGUUCAGGUUUGAUGAAGUCUGUAUAUCAGGAUGGUUUCGUCACGUGACUCCCCUCCCCCACCCAACCCGGGGAGUUGGGGAAGAAGGCGGACAUGUUUGAGGGGAAAUGUGCUGCUUAAAAAGUAUCCAAGUGGAAGACAAAGAAGAUUUUUGGAAGACAGGUUUCGCUCUUUUUUUGAGGAUUUACUUAUCAACUUUUGAUUUUCUCUAAAGGCUUUUCAAUAUAGAUUUUUUUUCCAACAUUUUGAUUAAUAUUUUUCUGGGACUAAUUAAGAUAUUUUUUAAAAUCCUGACAAACUGUUAAAGCUGUAGUAAUAUUUGUUACUAGAUGAGCUGAAGGGGAUCUUUCUGCCUAUUAUUUGAGUGACAUUGAUUCUGUAACCUUGGUAUGGGGGAUGGGCACAUAUGGUUAGGUAAUGUCCUGUGUGCCUCAAAUUAUUCAUCUUAUGAGUUUAGAAAUACAAAAGAUUACAAUUUAGUGCUACUUAUAGUUAAAAUUGUUAUCUUGUAAGUUCGAAGUUAUUUUUUCUGUAUAUUCUUAAAAAACCUAAGUAUGGCCGAAUACAGAAAAACUGGGUUUAAAUUGUAGUUUUUGGUUACUAUCGACGUCUUUACAAGUAUUUAGGUUGUAAAGUUUUUAUUUUGGUUAAUAGUCGUUUUUCAUUUAGGCUGUUGGUUUUAAAACUGCUGUGUCAUUGUGUUGAUCGUUGCUGCGCUGACCUUGCCAUAGGUGGUUUUAGUUUUAUAAUUUCCGUUUUACCUAAAAGCUAAAAACACUAAUAUUUUUAGAGCUUAAUCCUUAAUAGUAAUAUAUUGGUGCUUUUUACUUGAAGGCGCAUGUGGACACAUUUUUAUGGCGGUUUUCAAAAAGCGUCGGUUUGAACGGUUAUGCUUAACGGAUAUAUGAACUAUUGUCGUUAAAUUACAAGAUAGUACUUCUAUAUGAUUAGGCAUGUGGUUAAUUAACUUUACAGCGAGCACUUUUAUCAAAUUCUUUUGUCUUUCGCUGCUCAAAGAUGGCGCCCGCCUACAUGUUCUAGAAGUAACUGAUGAUUUCACGAGGGAGAGGCUCUCUUCAGGCGGUACUCGUGACUGAGCUGGCCAACCAAUGGGACUGUUGGUUUUUAGACUACAAGCCCGCGUUAAGGCCGUUUCAACCAAUCCCGUUGGUCGCUGUGGAACACGUUGACGUAAUAUGAUAUGAUAAGGAACUGGGUGUCUCUUUUUCUCUCGGUUUUCCUGAAGCUUUUUGUUAGCGAGCCAGUCACAAACAAGUCACCGGGAAGACAGGGCGGGCUGGACCAAUGGUGUUCGACUAUAUCUUUGAAGGACAGGGGGAACUCACGAAUAGGUCGUCCCUGAACGUUGCAUGCGGAUAUCUAACAGUAAACGGGUGUGGUGAUUUUGAAAGACACCGCGAGUAGCCAAUAAGGAUUCUGUGGGCGGAGGAAUAAGGAAGGGGUUCAGCCAAUGAGGUGAAUGGCUGCUCUAUAAAGCACCGGGUGUAGUCGCACUCAGUCGCCAUUUCAACGAAGCGAUUCACAGGGAUUUCGUCGUGGCGGGCAGCAAAGAAAACUGACGAGCGGAGACGGAUCCUGCGUUUGAGUGUUUCCCAAAACAGAAUCCGGAUCCAUCCUGAUGGAUAUGGCUGUUAACCCGCCUCUUGACAGUUCACUGGAUCUUGAUUCCUCUUGGCAGCACUCAUUCUGGGGUUGAUCCUGGCUAUACUGGAGUGACAAUGGAUCAGAGCACUGGUACAGCUGGGAAACGCAUCCGGAAACCUUCCCAGCUCUACGAAGGCUUUGAGAGUCCUGGGAUACCCCUGAUCAGCCAGAUGGUCCCCUCAGGGCCCCCCCAGCCGACGGUGAAAGACCCCAACAGACAGGGAAGGAUGACCAACCAGCUGCAGUUCCUGCAGAAAGUCGUCCUUAAGUCUCUGUGGAGGCACCACUUCGCCUGGCCGUUCCACGAACCUGUGGACGCAGUCAAGCUCAACCUGCCUGACUAUCAUAAGAUCAUAAAAACCCCGAUGGACAUGGGCAGCAUCAAGAAGAGGCUGGAGAACAACUACUACCGCAGUGCCAGCGAGUGCAUGCAGGACUUCAACACCAUGUUUACUAACUGCUACAUUUACAACAAGCCAACGGAUGACAUCGUGCUGAUGGCUCAGUCUCUGGAGAAAGCCUUCCUGCAGAAAGUUGCCCAGAUGCCCCAGGAGGAGAUCGAGCUGGCCCCCCCACCCGCUCGCAACAAAUCUGCCAAAUCCUCCAAAAAAGGGAAAACUAAUCAAAUUCUAGGAGGCGUGACGACGGCCCACCAGGUGCCCGCCGUCUCCCAGUCGGCGUACUCUCCUCCCACUCCAGAAACCCCAGACUCCAUCCUCUCCACCCCCCCACAGACUAUUUUAUCUAAGAGCAUCAGCUUCCCUGUUGAGCACAGCCUGCCCACCAUCACCAACAUGCCCCCCACACAGCCCACCGCUAAGAAAAAAGGGGUGAAGAGGAAGGCAGACACCACCACUCCCACCACCAUGGCCAUGCCCAUCAUGGGCACCAUGGGGGUGAGCGGGAUCGGCCUGGGGAUGGGCGGCGGCUUGGACUCGCCGCUGACGCUGACCUCUCUGGGGAUGGACCACGGCUCUCCGCUGGGAAUGAGCCCGGGUUUGGUGAUGGGCAUGGAUAUGAGCCAUGGAGGGAUGAUGAUGGGGAACAACGGGACGGCAGGGAGCAGGAGGGGAGUCAGCGGACGGCCCAUCAAACCCCCAAAGAAAGACCUGCCGGACUCCAUCCUGCCCACGCCGGUGAGGCGCAGCAAGCUGACGCCGCAGCUUCGCUACUGCAGCGGCGUGCUGAAGGAGCUGCUGUCCAAGAAGCACGCAGCGUACGCCUGGCCGUUCUACAAGCCUGUGGACGCCACAUCGCUGGGUCUCCAUGACUACCAUGACAUCAUCAAGCAACCCAUGGACCUGAGCACAAUCAAGAGGAAGAUGGACAGCAGGGAGUACAGAGACGCCCAGCAGUUCUCCGCCGACGUCAGGCUCAUGUUCUCCAACUGCUACAAGUACAACCCUCCUGAUCACGACGUGGUCGCCAUGGCCAGGAAGCUCCAGGACGUGUUUGAGUUCUGCUUCGCUAAGAUGCCUGAUGAGGCUCCUGCCCCUCCCACCUCCUCAUCUUCCUCGUCUUCCUCCUCGUCCUCCUCAUCUGAGAGCGAGUUCAGCAGCGACAGCGAGCCGAGCGACAGCAGCCUGAGCUCCGACUCAGAGGAGGAGAGAGCCAAUCGGCUGGCAGAGCUGCAGGAGCAGCUGAAAGCUGUCCAUGAGCAGCUCACGGCGCUCUCUCAGGGUCCCAUCGUCAAACCCAAGAAAAAGAAAGAGAAGAAGGACAAGAAGAAGAAGAAGAAAAUGGAGAAACAUCGGCGGGUAGAGGAGGAGGUCGUUGCAGUAAAGCCGCCUAAAGCUCCCAAGAUGUCCAAGUCCUCUAAAACAAAGAGCACCAAAGGGAUCAGCUGUCCUGUCAUACCAGCGAAGAAGACGCAAAGCAAGAAAAACAACAAGAGCAAAUCCAAAAAGGGCAACAUGAUGUUCAACGUGUCCCAGCCGAUGCACGACCCUCUGGUCAGCCAUUUUGACUCCGACGAGGAGGAGGAGACGGUGCCCAUGUCGUACGACGAGAAGCGCCAGCUGAGCCUGGACAUCAACAAGCUGCCGGGCGAGAAGCUGGGCCGGGUCGUCUACAUCAUCCAGUCCAGGGAGCCGUCGCUCAGAGACACCAACCCCGAGGAGAUCGAGAUCGACUUCGAGACGCUGAAACCGUCAACGCUGAGGGAGCUGGAGCGAUACGUUAUGACCUGUCUACGGAAGAAACCCCGUAAGCCGUACGCGAGUAAGAAGAACAGCGCGGGUAAAACCAGGGAGGAGCUGGCGAUGGAGAAGCAGAUGGAGCUGGAGAGGCGGCUGAUGGACGUCAGCGGGCAGCUGAACUCUGGGAAGAAGCCGUCUAAGACCAAAAAUGAUAAACCAGCGUCAGACGUCCACGCCCAGCCGUCACGUCUCAGCGCCAGCAGCUCUUCCUCAGACUCCUCUUCAUCGUCGUCCUCCUCAUCAUCCUCAGACACCAGUGAAUCAGAUUCUGGUUGAUUCAGUCGGACUGUUUGUAAACGAUGGGGUCCAUUAAGGAGCUCUGGGUUCAGUCGGACCCAGUCCAGAGAGGUGGGCUCUCCCUGCGCUCGGCUCGAUCCGGCUGAUGAAUGUGAGAAGAGAGCGACGGCGUCCUGCUGGUGACAGGCGGAGCCACGGGAAGCUUCUCCUAACAAAGACUGCUGCACAUGGAGGGAUAUGGGUGCUAGAGCCAGAAUCUGUGUGUUCUGGAUAAUUUUCCCCUCUGAACGUGCUUCCUUGUCUUUAUGCUGUAUAGAUCACAUGUACAGAUGUAUAAAUAUCUAUUUUCUUUUAUAAAGAAGCCUUUUAUGGAGGUUAUUUAUUCCCUGAUUGUGGGAAAGGAUUGACCUGGCGUGUACAGAGCUGUGUGUUCCGUUUGUUUGAGCGAUAAGAGAGUCCACUUUGUUUUGUUUUGUAUGAAUGGAUCUUGUAUGUUUGCAUGUGUGAGAGAUCCGGCACCAUAAGUGCAUCUUUGUGAAGUUCCUCAUAGUUUAGAGGCAGACGCCGCUCAUGGCGCUGCACGCAGAAGCACCUUGGUUCAGUAGGAAACAGACCGCAUGCAUCAGAGGAGCAGACGGACGCUCCUGUGUCGUCCUGUUAGUCGUUGUACAGAAACACGUCUUAGUUACAGGCUCAGUAUUUCUGUUCCAUGUUAGCCGUUUGUUUUCUUCACGAGCCACAAUCUGUAAACAUGUUGCUUUUUUAUUUGACCAAUCUGCUAAUAAAUUGUGAGGACCUG